CCGGGGUCCCCCGCGGCUGUUGCGGCCGCCUGCGCCCUGGCCUUCGCCUUCCCGCCCGCGUCGGGCCGGGCGCCGGCUCCCCGCUGCCUCCCUCUCCGCUGCGGUCAUGUAGGAAAUCGUAAAUCAUGUGAAGAUGGGACUCUUGGUAUUUGUGCGCAAUCUGCUGCUAGCCCUCUGCCUUUUUCUGGUACUGGGAUUUUUGUAUUAUUCUGCGUGGAAGCUCCAUUUACUCCAGUGGGAGGACUCCAAUUCAGUGGUUCUUUCCUUUGACUCCGCUGGACAAACACUAGGCUCAGAGUAUGAUCGGUUGGGUUUCCUCCUGAAGCUGGACUCCAAGCUGCCUGCUGAGUUAGCUACCAAGUACGCAAACUUUUCAGAGGGAGCUUGCAAGCCUGGCUAUGCUUCAGCCCUGAUGACUGCCAUCUUUCCCCGGUUCUCCAAGCCAGCACCCAUGUUCCUGGACGACUCUUUCCGCAAGUGGGCUAGGAUUCGGGAAUUUGUGCCACCUUUUGGGAUCAAAGGUCAAGACAAUCUGAUCAAAGCCAUCUUGUCUGUCACCAAAGAGUACCGCCUGACCCCUGCCUUGGACAGCCUCAGCUGCCGCCGCUGCAUCAUCGUGGGCAACGGGGGUGUCCUUGCCAACAAGUCUCUGGGGUCCCGAAUCGAUGACUAUGACAUUGUGGUCAGACUGAACUCAGCACCAGUGAAAGGCUUUGAGAAGGACGUGGGCAGCAAAACCACUCUGCGCAUCACCUACCCCGAGGGCGCCAUGCAGCGGCCCGAGCAGUACGAACGCGACUCUCUAUUUGUCCUCGCUGGCUUCAAGUGGCAGGACUUCAAGUGGUUGAAGUACAUCGUCUACAAGGAGAGAGUGCCCUUUCCCAAGCAAUGCCAAGUGCAGGCAGUGUCAAGUAGGUAGCAAGCGAGAGAGAAGACAGAAGUCAGGUCCAGAAAUUCAGAACCGUGGCUUGAAAACUAGUGUCCUCAGGGCCUGCCCUUCUCUCUGCCUUGAAGGCAACAGAAGGGGGAUCGCAGGUAAGCGCUUCUCACGGGAAAUGGGAGGGAGUCGCGUUUGCCUUGGUGAAGUCCAGAGAACCUGAGGGCUGCUUUCUCGCCCUGGCCUCUUGCCCAUCUGCCCACACCCUCCCGGCACACCCUCUCCUCUGCGCAUAGACACCUGUCAGAGGCGCUCCUAAAGGGCAGGGCCCUCGUCUCAUUGGCUUUUUUAAAACCCCUCAAUGCCAAGUCGUCAUAUAUGAGUGGAGUUGGCUCAAAUACCAGAUCGUGCUUCCUGUCGAGCAGACCGGGACCAAACAGGCAGGCCGGCGGGGUGGAUGUUCUCACAUGUUCCUUCUGAGAACACCAAGGUCAGUUCGUUCAAGGCCCUGAUACCUCAUCCUAGGAAGUAAGGAAAGAAGGCAGAAAAGGAAAGUCCACUAUGGUCGAUGGUCGGGAAACUCGCUGUGCUCCGGCCUCUCAGGGAGUAGACAGGAAGGCCUCACUAUUCCCAGGAAGACCCUGAGGCGCUCCCCGCUGGCUGCAGGCUGACCGAAGGCACUGGAACAGUUGGGAUGAGGAAUUAGGAGCUGUGCUCAGGCACAUGCUCACCCAUGUGGAUGUCCAUGUCCUGACCUACCCAUGCCCAGAGAUGUAGGACCACCAGCCAGGGUUAGUGGGAACUCAUUCCCAGGGUUGAUAGGGGUGAGAAAGGGAACCGGGAGGAGUCCUUUGCAAUUCCACAAGCCUUCCCUGGCUCCCAAGUCAAGGAUAACUUGGGCCUUCGGAGUGAGCUGCCAGAGGAGAGCCCGCGGUGCCCAUGGCCUCCCCAACCCUAGCCCUUCUUGGUGACAUGGGAAUCCCCUCCUCUAGAACCCUUCGCUACCCCAAGCCCAGGGCUGAUGCCUUCAUAUCCCCUGCUCUCCUUCACUUCUCUGGCAUCUGAAACCCAGGCAAAUUGGGGGAGGCUGCUUCUUCAGGCCCUUCCUCUAUGAUGUCAAUCAUAGGCUUGUCCUGCUACAGCGAGGUUUCCAACCUUGCAGUGUUGGGCUGCUGGGGAGCUCUCUGCAUCUGCCUGGAGCUCCACCUGUAGAAUUCUGGCAGGAAGGAGGCAACUCUGUGUUUGGGAGCCGAGGCCUGGCUGGACGGGGCUGGAGCAGGUAUUAGGCCUGGUUCUUGGCUGCUGCCUUCCACUUGUCUGUGAACAGCUGCUCACUGGGUAUCACUUUCUGGUACCCAGGAGCCCUAAUGGGAUCUGGAAAGAGGAAAGAUGGAAAAGGAAGAUGGGGCGCCCAAAAGACAGGCUGUGCUCAGGCCAGCAAGCCAUACUUUCUUCAUCCUUAUGGGGGCUCUUCUUGUCACCAUUCGUGGCCACUUGGUUCCCUGCCUCACUGGACAGCUGCACAGAUGACUCCAAAGUUACCCAGAGGUUCAUCGUCUCCCGGGCCCCAGGAGUCCUGAGCUCAGUGGCAAGCUUGGAGGAGUUCUCAGCCGGCCAUGUAUGAGCACCAGGGGACUGCUGAGUAGGGACUGAGGUCAAAGGGAGGGAGGAGGAACCGGGGUGUGGGGGUAGAGGUGUGUGGAAGUCUGUGGUGGGAUAGGGCAGCCUCUGGCCCUCAUGAAACCCUCGGAGACACAUCUCACUCCAUCUCUCCACGCGCUCACUCAGAUUGCCGGGUGUCACUAAGGUGUUGCACAUUCCGGACCUGAAGUCUCUGACGGUCUGGGGGUGGGGGGGGAUCGACAGUCCUGAAACCAGAGUUAUGACGCAGCCACCUCUAAUGGUAGGUCCUAUAGCUGAGCGUUCUCUUCCUGAUGUUUGCUGAAGGCUGGAGACGCUCCCUCCAUUGUCCCUGGGGCCUGGAGAGACAGGACACAUGAGAGGCAGAGCUUCCCACACAGCCACUCAGGCCCCAUUCCUCCUGCCUCCACCAGCCUCCCCUCCCCGUACCCCAGGAUGCCUGGUAACCCAGAAGGGAGCUGCCCUCUUAGUCCCCUUGGCUUCCUGCUCCUCCUCCUCCUCCAACCUCGCCCUCAACUGGGAGGCUGGCCUCAUUGCUGUCGGGCCUCUGACUGGUUAUUAGUUCCUCGAGGCCCUGAGACCUGGCCUGCGCUGGGAUGGGCAUGGUUCCAGCCCAGCAGGAGGACAGGAGAAGACGGGCUGGGGUUGGCCCCUGGAUAGCCUCACACAGGCCUGACCUCCCAGUGGUAGCUCCGGCCUUGGGGAAGGAGGGAGCGGCCUGAGGCCAGCCGGAGCCCCUGCAUUCGUGGCACAAGCCAACCGGGCCCCAGAAUUUAGGAAGACAACACAGUUUAAGAAGGGACCACGGACCAGGCCUUGGAGUCAUACAGACUUGGUUUAAAUUUAGACUCUGUCACUUGUUGGCUGGGUUAGCUUAGGCACAUUACCCAGCCCCUUCUAUUUAGUCUCGUCCCCUAAACAGGAGUAGUACGACCCGUUGUUCAGGAUUGUUUCAGAAGAUAAACCACGAGAAAUACAGAAGCACCUGGCAUGGUGCUUGACACUUAGUACGUGCUGCCUGUGACAAUGAUUAAUGCUAUUUGUUAGUAUUAGUAUUAGUAUUAGUGCUGUUAGAACAGUCCGGUGGCACUAGGGGAUGAAGGAUUGUCUGUAGGGUCUGACCUAGGAGGUGACCUCAAGCAGGGAUCAGAGGCCAGGCCUAGAGAAGGGGGCUCCUCCUGGGAGAGACAGCAGGGCGGGGCUAAUGGUCCAGGAAGUCACCAGGGCGAACAGGAACACCAAGUCCCUGUAUAUGAGGCCUUACUGGACCAGGCCCACGGUGGGGCCUGAGUGUCCAUCUGUACCUAAACCUCUUGCUCUGUUCCAGGCCGGGGAGGGACGCAGAGCCUUAGGAGCUCGGGAUGCACAUCGCCUCACCGCAGGGGAGAUUCGGUGCAGGGUGCCUGGAAAGGGCGCUGAGGCCUGCACACACUGUGGCCUCUUCCUGUGUGACGAGGCUUCUUCUGAGUCAGCAUCUGGGUGUCCCCCCCCUCACCCCCCACCCCACCCCCACCAACUGCUCCCCAGGCCUCGGAGACAAGCUCUCCUGGGACACCGUUUCC